AUGGCGACCUCAUCAAUCCAAGCAGCAAAUUUAUUCAAUGUCAAAGGACUCGUGGCAGUCGUCACUGGCGGCGGGACUGGUAUUGGUCUAAUGAUGACCCGUGCUCUCGCUCUUAACGGUGCCGAGAAAGUCUACAUUAUCGGUCGCCGAAAAGAAGUUCUUGAAUCCGCUGCAUCUUCCGUAGAUACCGGCAAUGUCAUUCCAAUCGUCGGUGAUGUAACCGACAAAGCUGCAAUAGCUUCCAUCGUCUCGAAGAUUGAGUCCGAAGUAGGAUACAUUAAUGUUUUAAUCGCCAAUUCCGGUAUUCCUGGUCCUCAGGCUACAAAACCCAUUACUCUAUCUUCUUCAGUAUCUGAAGUUGCUUCCUCGUUGGGAAGUGCUAGUAUGGAAGAAAUGUUGAAGACUUUUGAGUUGAAUACUGUAGCUGUUUUCUCUUGUAUUAUGGCUUUCUUGGAUCUACUGGAUAAAGGAAAUAAGAAAGGCAAUGUCGAGCAGAAGAGUCAAGUUGUUGCUACCAGUUCUAUUGGUGGUUUCAAUCGAAAAUCCCCUGGUGGAAUUAUUUAUGGCCAAAGCAAAGCUGCGACUACACAUAUGAUGAAGCAACUAAGCACACAACUUGCACCGUAUGAAAUUAGGUGUAAUACUAUUGCCCCCGGAUUAUUCCCAUCUGAAAUGGCCGCCGGGCUCAUUGGUGACGGAGUUUUUGGUAAGGAUCAAAUUCCAUUACAGAGGGUAGGCACGGAAGAGGAUAUGGCAGGAUGUAUUCUCUUUUUGACAUCAAGAGCUGGUGCUUAUUGUACUCACGUAGUUAUUGUGGUUGAUGGAGGACGAUUGAGCAUCAUGCCUAGUACUUGGUAG